AUGGAAGAUCGUCGUUUCUACGAGGAAGACGAUUGGUACUUCCAGUUUCAGGAUUUCAGUACUUUUCAGUCACGCUCAAGUGCUGGCGAUUACCUGCUGGAGGAGGAAGCGUUGUUCUCAGCUCAGCAUCUCUGUGCCACCAGUACUUGUUCAGAGAACAGCUUCUCUCAAGAUGAGCUCGGCGACCUGUUUGAUGUUGACUUUCCCAGUUUCUGGGCUCAAAUGGAGGAGAAGGAGGACGCGCAUCGCAAGAGCAAGGAAGGCGACUGCGAGAUGGCCCCGAUCGAGUCUGCCAAUGUGCAGACGACGGCCGCAGAGAUACCAGGACAUCGGGGCGGUGGGUCGUCGGAGACGAAGAAGGAACUGACUUUCGAGCAGGUCUCGCGGCAUUUCUCCGUGCCGAUCAAGCAGGCGGCGCGGGAGCUCAACGUGGGGGUCACCGUCCUCAAGAAGCAAUGCAGGAAGCUCGGCAUCCCGCGUUGGCCGCACCGGAAGGUGAAGAGUCUGCAGAAGCUCAUCGACAACGUCCAGGUCUCUGCUGCUUCUCUCCCUCUAGCACUGGCUUCAAGUUCGUUUCGGCUAGUAGAUUUUCUCUGCAGUCUUCAUGAACUGACAAGAAUGGAGCGCGCGUCCUUGAGUCAGGGGCUUGGAAAGGAGAAUGCACAGGAGAACGAGCAUCUGACCAGGAGCCUGGUGGGAUUCAUGCAGCAGACGAUGAAGCUGCUCGGGGAGAGGCCCGAUGUGAUGCUAGAUCAGAGGACGGAGGAGAUCAGUCAGGUGUGCUUCAAGGACAAGGAGAAUAACGCACAAGAGGAAGGACAUCUGAUCAGGAGCGUGGUGGAAUUCCUGCAGCUGACCAAGAAGAUGAUCCAGGAGAGGCCCGAUGUGAUUCUUGACCAGAGGACUAAGCACCUCAGGCAGGUGUGCUUCAAGGAGAGCUUCAAGAGGAAGCGCCUCGUAGGCGGCCAUGGCACCUGGUGA